GGAGCGCUCCGCCUGUGGGCCCGGCCUGUCCCCGGCUGCGGUGGGGCGGGGGCGGCGAAGGGAGCGUCCGGUGCGGGCCGGGUGUCGGGGAUGGUGCUGGGCCGGGUGCGGGCCGUCUUCCUGGACCUCGACAACACGCUGAUCGACACGGCGGAGGCCAACCGCAGAGCCGUGCAGGAGGUGAUCAGAUUCUUACAGUCGAAAUGCCAGAUCGACGAGGGAGAAGCUCACGUAAUCUGUGCUAAAGUCCAAGUCAAGCUCGGCAAGGAACGCUACGACCCCGCCACCACGUCCAUUACCGAUCUGAGGAUUUCCCACUGGGAAGACGCGCUCCGAGAAACGAAGGGCGGCACGGCCGAUCGGAAUCUGGCGGAAGAAUGUUACCUGCUGUGGAAGGCGACGCGUCUUCGGCACAUGACCCUGACCGACGAUGUCAAAAGCAUGCUGCUGGAACUCCGAAAAGAAGUCCGACUGCUCUUAUUGACUAACGGAGACAGCCAGACGCAAAGGGAGAAGAUCGAAGCCUGCGCCUGCCAACCGUAUUUUGAUGCUAUCGUUGUAGGCGGGGAGCAGAAAGAGGAGAAACCCGCCCCUUCUAUAUUUUACCACUGUUGUGAUCUUCUUGGGGUGCAACCGGGAGAUUGUGUGAUGGUGGGUGAUACGCUAGAGACGGAUAUCCGGGGGAGUCUCGAUGCCGAUUUGAAAGCCACCAUCUGGAUAAGUAAAACCGGAACCCCACCCUCAAACCCUUCUCCCAUACCUCACUAUAUCGUCUCUUCUGUGUUAGAGCUACCUGCUAUUCUGCAGAACAUAGACCACGAAGCCCGCACGUCACCUCAGAAGCGCAGUAUGAAGCACGACAUUUAAAAAAAUAGAGGCCGACUCUCGCAGAACUUCCCCCUAAUGUUUGCGGUGCAGAAACUGUGUCUACUGAGAUGCCGUCUGGCACACUGAAAUAAAAAAUAUUAGCUUACUCCCAGCGAGGCGCUGACUUACCUGACAGGAUCUGAUUCAAAGCGCUCAUCGUCACCUACUCUUCUAAUUAAGUUUGACCCAAAAAGGUUGAAGUGGGUUUACUUCCGGAGCUCAUUCCGCAGAUGGUUUCAGUGCUCUUGAUUUCAAGCUUUCUCGAAUUACUAUUUCAAAAUGAAAUUGGUUUUUUUUCCCCUUCUGUUUAGCUUGCUUUGUUGGUGAGAAACCCCAAAAUGUUGCUGGUAUGUUAGGAGUGGCGUGAGAUGGUACUAUUUUGAUACUCCAGUUACCAAAAACAUCUCUCUCUCGGUAAAAAAAAAAAAAAAUGGAAGUUAUUUUUGGCAUUUUGGGGCAUUUUGGCAUUUUUGGCAUUUCCCCCAAAAUUCUCUGGGGGAAUUUUGAGCUGGCCAAGAGCAGGAAUAGAAGCAGGUGUCUAGAGAAGCAUUAGAGGAAAAGUUUUUUCCGCAUCUUAGAGCUUUGGGACCAAUCGCGCGACCUUGCCAGAUGGCAUUUGGCUUUAUGACUGGAAUUUCUCAGACUCUAACAUUACCAUAAAGAGUUUGAGAGCCACGCUGGACUCUAAGCAUUUGACUAGAGCUCUCUUUUUUUUGACAGUCGUGUUUUAAUGAUUAAUCUCUAGCUGAGCUACCUGAGGAAUUUUGCUUUCUCUCGAGUAGAGGGUUGAAUCGUCAAAGGGGAAAGGAAGGUGGGUGGGGGGAGGUAAGUGGGAAGGGAGGAGAACUUCUGAAUUUUAAUCUGCUCUGUCCUUAGAGUUAAAAUGAUAUUGGGCAUCAGUUGUACAAUUUUAAACUCUAUAUGCUCAAGAAAGAGCCUAGUAUUUUUCUAUCAUGAAUGGAGUGCUUUUAAAAGUUUUGAUUUUUCUGAAAUCCUGGAUUAGAGUUUUGACUUGAUUGUACUCUCCCAAGUGCUUUAGUACAGUGUUCUGCACAUAGCGUUCUGCAGAAAUAUGAUUGAUUGGAUUGGAUUGUUUUGCCCUUGAGAUAUUUUUUGAAAUUAAAGGCAAAUGAUGAGUGGGUAA